CAACUCCAUACAUAUCAUUCUUCUUUGAUUUCCUCUUCUUUGACCCCCUUUCCUCGUUCCUAUUGCCGAAUAGCAGCACAAUUAAUAUAUAAAUUACAUAUAAUCAUGGAUCAAGAUCAAGUUGAACUCUAUGCAAAGAAAUCCGAUAUCGAUAAUAACCUAUCGGAUCCCACAGUCAUUGCAAAGUACCGUCUAGCUGCUGACAUUGCUCAAGAUGCUCUGACUAAAGUGAUUGGUCGUAUAACAGAUGGUGUCCGCGUCAGUGAGCUCUGUGCCUUUGGUGACGAAGUCAUACUUUCCUAUACUUCUAAAGUUUACAACAAGAAUAAUAUUGAAAAGGGUAUUGCUUUCCCCACUAUGAUCUCAGUAAACAACUGUGUUGAGUAUUAUUCCCCUACUGGAGACAGUGAAGAGGAUGUCAUUCUUCGUAACGGAGAUGUUGUCAAAGUUGAGUUGGGCGCACAUAUUGAUGGUUAUAUUGCUACGAACGGACACACAACGAUCAUCAACCCCAACCCUUCAAUGCCUGUGGAGGGGCGCGCUGCAGAUGUGGUUUGUGCUGCUUAUUUUGCUGCCGAGGCAGCAUUGAGAUUGAUGCAGAUCGGCAACAGCAAUGUUCAGGUUCAGGAAGCAAUUGCAGAGGCCGCAGCACUGUUCAACUGCAGCCCCGUCCAAGGAACUGCAUCGAAUGAAAUUAAACGUUAUGUGAUUUCAACCGAGAAAUUGAUCAUGAACGUACCAGAUCAAGAGAACAGGCCCGUUCAGGAUUUUGUUUUUGUGGCCAACGAAGCUUAUACACUCAACAUCUUGAUCAGCACUGGAGAGGAUGGUGGUUGCAAAGAAGGAAUCCAAAGACCUACAGUUUUUGCUAGGAAUGUCCAUGAGAACUAUAACUUGAAGCUUAAAGCUGCACGUGCGGCUUUUAAUCAAAUCAGCACACAGUUUGGUGUCUUCCCCUUCUCAAUUCGUGCAUUGGAAGAUAAGCGCCAUCGUUUGGGAGUGACUGAAUUAGCCUCACACCAUUUGUUGACGCCUUACCCAGUCUAUUAUGCUCGUGCCUCUGAGAGGGUGGCCCAGUUCAAGAUGACAGUCUUAGUCUCUGCAACUGGAACAACCCGUAUCACCCCUUCAUUGCCUUUGCCCUAUGUUCACUCUGCGUAUACAAUUCCACAAGACUCCAACAUCUCUCGUCUGAUGGCCUCAGAAAACUUCAAGGUCGUCAAGAGUGGCAGGUCUUUGACGGGUAUCAAUGCGGGCGAAGUUUCAGCACCUGUCGCAGGCAUGGACGUUGACAUGUAAU